GCUCAGUAUUGCGUGGACUUUGCAUGUAUAAAUAGGCUUUAAAAUGUUUUCCAGAGUCACCGCGUUAACUCUCCGAGUGAAUGGUUAUCCGGCCGCCUUCAGUGCGCUGAGCUCCGGCUUCAGUUUAAUGGUGAAACAUGAUCGACAGAACCAGCGCUUCACCGUUAAUCCUGGCAGCGGUGCUGGGGCCCAUGACUGUGCGGUGCUGCACUACAGAUUCACCGGCGAGAAGGAGGUGGAUCUAAUGUCAACGUAUGUACCGGACACAUUUAGGGGCCAAGGUGUUGCUGCACUGCUGUCACAGGCUGCCAUGGACUUUCUUGUUGAGGAAAACCUCAAGGCUCAUGUCUCCUGUUGGUAUAUAAAGAAAUACAUUGAGGACCACCCACUACAGCAUUAUAAAGACCUUGUCAUCACUUGACUGUAGCCUGUUGGUCCAGUGCAGCCCCAUGAUGCUACCUCAAAUCAACUACAACCUCAUGUGCAGUUCUACCAAAUGGAGGACGUAAAGCUACUUGAUCUGUGUAAUCUGCAGCAUCUAAAAGUCAAGUUUUUGAAUAAUGCUUUACUCUGGCUUUUAUAGAAAUGCCUGAUCAAACCCGUUAAAGGUAGACGCAACAUGAUUCACAUUAUUUUUUAAUUGCCAUAAAUUUAAUGCCUGGUAUAUACAAGUAAAGUUACUUAAAAUCUCCUGAAAAAAUCCAGCGUUUGAAGAUGAACUUGCUACAUAAUAUUGAUUUUAUUUAUAUAUUUUAAUCCUACAUUGAUCCUUGUUUCUUUUUAUAUCAAGUUGUAAAAUUUUGAGUCUGUAAUCAGUCUAUUUACUCUUAAAGUAUUAAUAUUUAUAAAUUAUUUAGUGCUGGAACAACAUAUUAAAAUAUAUAAUAAUAUGUGGUAAGGCAUAAUGUUUGGAUAUUGAUGUCUGCACACUAAAAAAAACAAAGGUGAGAGCGAGUUGAUUUGAGCCUGUGGGGAAGUUGAGCCACCACUUGUUUCUCGGCAACGAUAGACAAAAUUGGUCAUUGUUUUUUUUGCCCUUCAAUGUGAUUUUUUUUUUUUAAAUUCUCAACCAGAAACCAUCAUGCCAUGCUUCUAUAAAUGUAAGAUACACAAGGCUUUAACUCCUCUUGUGGAUUUGGACUGAGUAGUGGAAGAGGUACGUCGGAUGGGACAUAACGAUCAAAAGGAUGACUUUAAGGUGAUAUAUUGAUAUGAAAGAACUAGGAGACAUAUCAAAAAUCUAGCUUCAAUGUUUCACGAUCUAAGUGCAAUGAAAUGCGAAUUGAUGUUUUGAGUAGGCACGACGAAAUGACAUCGAUGUCCCUCACUCCCAUGUGGCUCAAGUUAUUCUCUCCCUUAAGCCAAGAGACAAUUUUUUCUGGAAAGUCAUAUUUUAAAAACAGUUUAUUUUAGAUCCAAAGUGAUUAUUCCUGGGGAUGCACCACAUCCUAAAAUAUAAGUACAUAUUUUAGUUGGAGACAUUACUGUCAUGUCUCUGGCUCAACUCACCCCGCUUUCCCCAAUAAAGUUAGUGACUGUAAUAUUCAGCCAGGGUAAAACCUUUUCUUGAUCUGUUGACAAUUAAAUUAAAAUAUUUUCUUCA